GACAAUUGAGGAGGGAGCAGCGCGGCGUGUGAGCUGGGCGGACCCUCCAAAGCCGAGCGAGAGCGCCAUCGUCCACGGCCUUGUUUCCAUAACCCCUCCCCCACCCCCUCUUCUUCCUCGGUCUCUCCGCCGCCCACCAUCUCCAUCCCCUCCUCUCUUUAUACGCCACCGCGGCGGGGGCCUCCCCCCGCAGUCCAUUCCUCUGCUCGUUCUUUCACUGCAUUGUCCCGUCCGAACAGCGGAGGGAGAGGGCAGAGAGAGAUGGCGGCCGCGUCCUUCACCGCCGCCAAGUUCCUGGUGCCGGUGGCCGCGAGAUCCGGCGGCGAGAGGGCGCCCCCGCUUCCCCCCGUCGGAGCCUCCUCCUCCUCCUUCGCCAGGACCCUGCGCCGCGGCGGCGGGGCGCACCACCACCCGCGCCUCCGCACCGCGCUCGCCGUCUCCUCUGACCUGGUCGCGGGCAACAAGGCCGCGCAGGCCGCCGCCACGCAUCCGGCUGUUACACGGGAAGAGGCACUGGAGGUGUAUGAGGACAUGGUUCUUGGUCGUGUAUUUGAGGACAUGUGUGCACAAAUGUACUACCGUGGCAAGAUGUUUGGAUUCGUCCACCUUUACAACGGCCAGGAGGCUGUCUCCACCGGCUUCAUCAAGCUUCUGAACCAAGCUGACUGUGUUGUUAGCACGUAUCGUGAUCACGUCCAUGCGCUGUCCAAGGGUGUCCCGCCACGUAAUGUCAUGGCUGAGCUCUUUGGCAAGGCCACAGGCUGCUGCCGUGGACAGGGUGGUUCCAUGCACAUGUUCUCUGCUCCCCACAACCUCCUUGGAGGCUUUGCCUUCAUCGGAGAGGGCAUCCCUGUUGCCACUGGUGCAGCCUUUGCAGCUAAGUACCGUCAUGAGGUGCUCAAGGAGUCCGGCCCUGAUGGGCUUGAUGUCACAUUGGCGUUCUUUGGUGAUGGUACCUGUAACAAUGGCCAGUUCUUUGAGUGCCUGAACAUGGCACAGCUUUGGAAGCUACCUAUUGUGUUUGUUGUGGAGAACAACCUGUGGGCAAUUGGAAUGUCGCACCUUAGGGCUACAUCGGACCCAGAGAUUUGGAAGAAGGGGCCAUCAUUUGGAAUGCCUGGGGUGCAUGUUGAUGGUAUGGAUGUCCUGAAGGUCAGGGAGGUUGCUAAGGAGGCAAUUGAGAGGGCAAGGAGAGGUGAAGGGCCAACCCUAGUUGAGUGUGAAACCUACAGGUUCCGAGGUCACUCCCUUGCAGACCCUGAUGAGCUCAGGAAGCCUGAUGAGAAAACGCACUAUGCUGCAAGGGAUCCUAUUACGGCCUUGAAGAAGUACAUCAUCGAGGAGAACCUUGCCACGGAAUCUGAGCUGAAGAGCAUUGAAAAGAAGAUUGAUGAUGUUGUUGAGGAGGCUGUUGAGUUUGCUGACGCAAGCCCGCAUCCACCACGGAGCCAGCUGUUGGAAAACGUGUUUGCUGACCCCAAGGGCUUUGGUAUCGGCCCUGAUGGAAAGUACAGAUGUGAGGAUCCCAAGUUCACCCAAGGCACAGCUCAAGUUUAAGGCUUUUAUUAAGGAGGUUAAUCUGCACUCUCUACCACUGUACCUCGGUUCUCUAGUUUUGUCGAACCAAUGUCAUGUUAAGGAUACUGUACGCAUAAGGCGGUUAAUUUAUUUCGAUUCUUAGGCGUGUGUCUGAUAUUAUUGUGUAAUUUGUUCAAAUGCUCAACUGAUGCGUGCCCAGGUUUUAUGAAAUGUGCUGUAGCUCAACUUGUUCAGGAACAGCUCAGUUUCAACAUCUAUAGAAGUAUGUGAAAUGGCUUCGGGGAAGUAA